CGAAACCAGCUUGCGCAUGGUAGCUGAGGGGACAUUCAAUUUUUUGUUUGGGAUGCGACGGAUUUGCCAUUCUGUGUUUAUCAUUUCCGAAUUUCCACUCCUUCCCUGCGCAGCAUGACGUGGCCCUGCAACAAGGAAUGCGACAAGUGUGUACAUAGUGUACAAGUAGUGAGCCGGUACAGGCCCAGAAGGGUGCGCAAAUCCAAGCUCCACAGCUUUUAAGAUUACCUACCUACGGUACCUCGUGGUUGUGGGUCCCGCUUUCGGAUCCUUUGAACCGAUGGCUCGGGAGUUCUCAUCGCAAAGCAAACACACGGACACGAUUCCUUUCUUGCGAAUGAGGCCGGCGACAUAUUCGCGGUACUGGUCUCAACAAACCCAAGAUACUAAAGCCACACGGGCGGUUUCGACACAAGACCUUCGACAAACGAGUUCUUCACGACACAGGCCUGCGGCUAUGCCACUACUAUGGAAUAUCUCACAUCGCCUUGGUGCUCAGGGACUGGGAUUCGAGCCAGACUGGCCAGAGUGCUCAACAGUUGUAUCAGUAUUGAGGAGGCCUCACAACUGGGUUGCAGUCCCUCAAAGCUCGCGAUCGGUACCACUUGAGGACCAGCCAGCAUCUCUCAAUAUUCGAUUGUAGGUUACACCGAGAUGAAAGACCAUAAACAGAUGUCUCAAAAGAUGUCAAACGGCGUUUGGAAUUGCACUUGAACAACGGCAAAGUGAAAGUGGCACAAGCAUCUCGACCUCCUGAAUGAGUUCACGCACUACAGUAUGGAACAGACGGGUCGCUGAGAUGUCGAGGAAAUCACAUAGGAAAUCAUCUUGUGAAAGUUAUCCGGAAUAACGAUGUGGUUGAUCUGGUAACGGGCCUGCGCAUCUCACGGAGUUCGAGUGUAUCCCUUACAUAACUCACAGAUCCGGCUCCUUGAGCACUAACAAAGCACAUGAUAGCAAGCUUCUCUGCUGUUUCCGUCGCCUUUAUUCUUUACAGCUCCGUUUCCACUUUCUUUGUUACAGCUGCAUUUGGCAUCGGAUAGCUAUGUCAGACAAUGCCUCGUUUACAUUGCAAAGGAUUGCGGCUCUUUGUUGGCCUGUAUGGUCGAGGAGACAAUGAACCAUCUCAAUGGCAAUGGAAGAAAAGGCACAACUUAUGGUAGGAGGUGACCGCCUUUUUAGCAGAAACAUGUUGUUCAACUUCAACUUUAUUACCAUUCAGACGGCCAAGCAAAGAGAGCCAGUCCUCAUCGCGACCAGAAUCAACAUCACCAACCUUCCAACACCAUGACACCGCCAGGCCGAAAGAUUGUGGCCGCUCAUUUGGCGGACCACGAACACGAUGAAAACCGAGGACUAAAGGGCUACGUCAAAGCAACAGACUAUGCGCUUCCCUACAUGUCGCAGUGGUCACGAAUCAACGAUGAGGACGUCAAGAGCGAGCUACUCCGCCAUAUAAACUGUGGCUAUCUCUCCACGCAUGGCAUUCCGCCCACGCUUCUCGCAUUGAAGCAACAUGCCCAAUCGCUCUGUGCCCUCAUCCAAUUGCUGCAGCCAGAUGUCAAGGUCGCCGAGGUUCAAGUUGAUGGCGCUCCUUUCGCCAGUAGUGACUUUGCCCAGGGAGGUUCCAAGGGUAAGGGUACGACGAGUGCCUCAACGGCCGAUGACGAUCUCGCCAUGAAGUUCGAACUGAACUCAGCUUUCGACUUCCUCAACGACCUUCGCACACCUUACCACACUGACGACAUCUACCACCACAAGCCCCUUGUCUCGCUGAUCAACGAAGUCCGUGGGCGCAAUGAGGUUUACGGCACCGAUUACCACUGCCCCCUGACCCAGAUUCAGCACUAUUCGCCCCCCGGAACUUCCAAUACCACCACCGGCCAGGAAAACCAGACAAGGGAACUUCGCCCCUACUCCAAUCUCCAAAAUCUGCUUAUUCACACCAAUUCCUGCCUGGAGCGCCUCGACCACGAGUACACUGCCACCGGCGGUUUGCUGAGCGUGCUCCCCACCGACGCGGCCCAUGACACCGAAGAGCUCCAACACGCGCGCACCACCUUGCUCGGCCAAUGGCUUCUCUUCACGCAGCACCUCGUCGCGCGCAUGCACGAGCUCGAGCGCAGCUACGGCAACGCGCUCGACGCGCUGGCCGGCGAAGCAGCCAUUCCGCACCAGGUGCUCAGCAAGCUGGGGCCCGACGGCCGGACGGGCCGGGUGGUGGCCUACCCACAAGACCAGUACAUCCUCGUCAACUCCGGGGAGGACGUCUACGAGUACAUCCACAGCCUGCUCGACAAGCGCGAGGCGGUCCUGCAGGCCAAGGAGCGAGUCUGGCGCAAAAAUGGCGCGGUCGGAGAAGAAAUGUGGCACAAGAACCCACAGACGGGUGCCGGCGCUGACAACGGCACCGACGACAACAACAACAGCCUCUUCGACCAAAUGGAAAAAGUCGACGGAGACCUCAUCGGCGCCUACUUCAGCCGGGGGAUCGUGCAAGUGGACGUCACCACGCGGUACUACCGCCUCGCCAACUCUGGCAGGAGCGUCCUCUUCGUCGUGCCCGCCCACGCCGUCCACCCGGGCGUGGAGCACACGCGCCUGCUGGAAACCCAGCCGACCAUCAUGGCGACGGUGCAGCCGCGCUACCCGCCGCGCGCGUCCGAGCUGGAGAUGAAGUACAACCGCAAGCUGCGCGAGGCGGGCAAGAUCCAGCAGGAGAAUCUGGACUUGCACUCCGAGAUGACAUCCCAAAAGGAGCAGAUCCGUACCCUGAAAGCGGAGAUGGAGAGGCUGUCACACACGAGGGAUGCCUUGUUGAAUGGGCUGGGUAAAGGGGAGGUGGAGGCAAAGAAGGAGGCGGAGACGUUGCGGAAGAGGGCGGAGAAGGCGGAGAGGUUGGUGAGGGAGUUGAAGGAGAGGAAGAAGGAGAUGCAGAGUAAGGUGUCCAAGUUGACGAAGCAGAGGGAUAGCUUGAUGCUGGCUGUGGAUGAAGACCCGGAUGCGGAAUUUGAUAUGAAUGUGAGUUGGGGCGAGUAGAUGUCUCCUUUGGCUGUAAUGGUGUUGGAGGUGGUUCCAUUUUCUUUGACUUUUGCGGUACUAUUCUUCUUUUUCUGUUUGGAGUUGGCUUGGUCAACGGUAAAGUGUAUGUCUGUAUUCUCGGUUUAGUAUGUAACAACGGAUUUACCUUAACAAGAUGGUGUAUCUUCUGGCUUGAUGGAUAUUGUUUCUGGUUGAUUCAAACGUAAGACGAAGCUGAAAUCAUUUUGUUUUUUUUUCCCUUGUCC